GACAGAAAUUUCAUCAGACUGGCGAGGUUAUAAAGCACCUUUCGCAUUGUAUCAGUUUUAUUUAGGCUGUGCAUCUUGUUGCCAGUUGAUGAUUAGAAGAAGCAGUGCUGGAUAAAGCGUACGCAAUGAAGUCAAGUCUCACUAUUUUGUCUGCCGUUCUGCUCUUAAUGGUCAUUGCAACAAAGGCUAAAAAAGCAAAGGUCUGUGUUAACGCCAACUGGUGGAAGUCAUUUGACAAAAAAGGAUGGUCAAAAUGUUCCACCAGUAAACAGUUCAUCACUGGAUUCUAUCGUAGCAAGUUAUAUACUUUCCUAUAUGAUGGAAUUUACAAACUUGAAGAAGCAAAGUGCUGUUUGUCUAGUCUUGGAUACAGAGGUCAAAAGAGCAUUUGUGUCAACGCUAACUGGUGGAAAACUUUAGACAAAAAAAGCACUUGGAGUGUUUGCCCUAAAGGAUAUUUUCUAAAUGGUCUUUAUCGCUCAAAGGGAAUUCAUUUACACAAUAUUGAGGAAGGAAAAUGUUGCAAACCAAUACGCCAUCCCAAAAGGUAUGGUGGUUGCUACAAUGAAUAUAUCAGACAUGCGUUUGACAGGAAAGGAUGGGCAACGUGUAAAAAGGCUGGUUACUACGUCACUGGGUUAUACAGAGAUCAUAAAAGCGACUGGCUUCACAACAUUGACUACUUCAAAUGCUGCAAAAUGGCCCCAGUUUUCAACCCAUGUGCCAAGAAACCUUGCAAGAAUGGUGGUCUUUGUUUAAAAAAAAUAAAAUCGUACCAGUGUUUAUGUAAACCUGGCUACCAAGGAAAAAGUUGUGGAAUCUACAAUGCUUGUCACUCAAAACCUUGUAUUAACGGUGGUGUAUGCAAAAGGAAUGGAAAGUUGUACAGCUGCAAAUGUAAACCUGGUUACUUUGGAAAGAAUUGUCAAUUCUAUAAUGCUUGUCACUCAAAACCUUGUAUUAACGGUGGUGUAUGCAAAAGGAAUGGAAAGUUGUACAGCUGCAAAUGUAAACCUGGUUACUUUGGAAAGAACUGUCAAUUCUACAAUGCUUGUCACACAAAACCUUGUAUUAACGGUGGUAAAUGUCAAAGCAAAGGAAAGUUGUACAAUUGCAAAUGUAGACCUGGUUACUUUGGAAAGAACUGUCAAUUCUACAAUGCUUGUCACUCAAACCCUUGUGUUAACGGUGGUAAAUGUCAAAAGAAAGGGAAGUUGUACAAUUGCAAAUGUAAACGUGGUUACUUUGGAAAGAACUGUCAAUUCUACAAUGCUUGUCACUCAAAUCCUUGUAUUAACGGUGGUGUAUGUCAAAGGAAAGGAAAGUUGUACAGCUGCAAUUGUAAACCUGGUUACUUUGGAAAGAACUGUCAAUUCUACAAUGCUUGUCACACAAAACCUUGUAUUAACGGUGGUAAAUGUCAAAGAAAUGGGAAGUUGUACAAUUGCAAAUGUAAACCUGGUUACUUUGGAAAGAACUGUCAAUUCUACAAUGCUUGUCACUCAAAACCUUGUAUUAACGGAGGUGUAUGCAAAAGGAAUGGAAAGUUGUACAGCUGCAAAUGUAAACCUGGUUACUUUGGAAAGAACUGUCAAUUCUAUAAUGCUUGUCACUCAAAACCUUGUAUUAACGGUGGUGUAUGUAAAAGGAAUGGAAAGUUGUACAGCUGCAAAUGUAAACCUGGCUACUUUGGAAAGAACUGUCAAUUCUACAAUGCUUGUCACUCAAAACCUUGUAUUAACGGUGGUGUAUGUAAAAGGAAUGGAAAGUUGUACAGCUGCAAAUGUAAACCUGGCUACUUUGGAAAGAACUGUCAAUUCUACAAUGCUUGUCACUCAAAACCUUGUAUUAACGGUGGUGUAUGUAAAGGAAUGGAAAGUUGUACAGCUGCAAAUGUAAACCUGGCUACUUUGGAAAGAACUGUCAAUUCUACAAUGCUUGUCACUCAAAAUCUUGUAUUAACGGUGGUGUAUGCAAAAGGAAUGGAAAGAUGUACAGCUGCAAGUGUAAAUCUGGUUACUUUGGAAAGAAUUGUCAAUUCUAUAAUGCUUGUCACUCAAAACCUUGUAUUAACGGUGGUGUAUGCAAAAGGAAUGGAAAGUUGUACAGCUGCAAAUGUAAACCUGGUUACUUUGGAAAGAACUGUCAAUUCUAUAAUGCUUGUCACUGAAAACCUUGUAUUAACGGUGGUGUAUGCAAAAGGAAUGGAAAGAUGUACAGCUGCAAGUGUAAAUCUGGUUACUUUGGAAAGAAUUGUCAAUUCUAUAAUGCUUGUCACUCAAAACCUUGUAUUAACGGUGGUGUAUGCAAAAGGAAUGGAAAGUUGUACAGCUGAAAAUGUAAACCUGGUUACUUUGGAAAGAACUGUCAAUUCUAUAAUGCUUGUCACUCAAAACCUUGUAUUAACGGUGGUGUAUGCAAAAGGAAUGGAAAGUUGUACAGCUGCAGUGUUUAUAAAACAGUGUUUCAAUAACACUUUGCAACAACUCUACGGAGUUCCUACGCACACUAAUUAUAAAUAA